UGUAUCAUUAUUUAAAUUCAUUUAUAUUAAUUUUUUAUGUAAGAUCUUAAACAUCCGCAUCUGCAUCUGCAGAUGUUAACUUUCAAAAAUCCACAACCGCAAAUGCAUCCGCGGAUGUGAAAAAUUCCACAUCCCCAACAUCUCUAAUCUGAAUAGUUGGCUCUAAUUUAUUUAUUAUAAUAUGCUAUUUAAAGUUGAGCAUGUUGAGCAAAAAUACAAUUAAGUGUAUGUAGUACAUUUGCGCUGGUUUAAAAAAAAGUAUUAAAUACGUUAGACUUUCUGCGGUUUUGUGAUAUGUAAAUUCAAUUCGCAGCAUAAAAGCCAACCACAGAUAUUGUUAUCUGCACAGAAUAUUUUACUUAUCACACGAAUUUGAACAAGAAUUUUAUAUCUUCAGCAAAAACCUUGCAUUUUAAAAUAAAAUCGGUCUCAGCUCUCAUUCAAGUUCAAAGCGCAGAAUAAAUCAGUCAUUCAAGAUCACAAUUCAGAGCCUAACUAGAGCACAUUCAGAAAAAAUGAAAAUAUAUCAAAUCAUACCAUUAUUUGCCAUUUUAUCCCGAUUUGGUGAUAGUGAUGCGAAUAAAUUUAAUAUAAGUUAUGCACAGUUGGACACUUGUAAGGAGUACACUAUCGCAUCUGGAUACUACAAAUACAAGGAUUUCUUCCAAAUAAGCUCUAUGAACAAUACUAAAUUAGAAGAUGACCAGCGAUUACAUUUGAAAUUCUUCGUAAUGACUCGAAAGGAUGCACACAUUUUACUAUCGGAAUUUGAAAAUCAAUCAUAUUCGGAUCCUUUUUAUGAAAUUGUUCUUGGUUGUGAUAAUAAUAAUCGGUCUGAUAUACGUUUAAAAUAUGAAAAUUAUGUAGCUCACGUAAAGACCCCCAACUUUUUAUCAACAUUUGAUCCAAUGCCAAUUGAAAUCAUUCAAAAAAAUGAUGGUCAGUUAGUUAUUAAUAUUCCUGGUUUUGCCGAACCUUACUUGAACUAUUCAGAUAAAAAUCCUUUGAACAUUCGUUUUGUUAGCUUUUCUUCAUGGGGAGGAACUUCAGCUAAAUGGUUCUACGAUUGCAAGUUGGAAGAAUUGACAAACUCGGAGAAAUGUCAGUGUUACCAGAGUACGGAAAAGAACGAAUUCAACAGGCCUACGACCACGACAAAUGAAAAUCCUGUUGAUAGCCCUUACAAAUUCACGGAGACUCCGGAGACUUCCAAGUCAGUUCCUACAACCAAGUCUAACAAAUUAACAGAGGCCCCAAACCAAGAAAAUUCUGUUGGCAGACCCAGCAAAUCUACGGAGCCUCUGGAACAAGAAAACCGUGUUGUAAAAGACACUGACGGAAAAGAUUUGAAAAACAAAACCGACAAAGAAGUGAAGCAGUCUGAAAACUUAUUAAGAGAAACAAGCGUUCAUCACUACGUACUAGGCUCUAUUUUGCUAGUAGCCUCAAUUGCAGUCGGAACUGGCAUGGCAAUUUACUAUAAAAGCAAACAUAGGGCUGUCGUUUCAUCUGUAGAGUUUGCUGUGCGCUAGAAUAAAAAAAAGUUUGGUUGACAAAAUUAUAACAUUUGAUAUUAUUGUUAGUAAAUACUAUUUAUAGUGACGUAUUUCGAAAUGCAGAGUUAUUUUUGCAUUAUAAGGACCUUUUUUCAUUUAAAUCAGUAAUAAAAUAUUUAUUUUUGGAAAACGAUCACAAUAAGCAUUCAUUAAAAAAAAGCACAAUUACUUAAGGUCAUAAUAAUUAUUCACAUGGUAGAAAAAGGAGUAAGAUGAGGAUAAAAAAAAAUAUGUCUACCAAGAGUACCAAGUAGUCAGUGAGUGUCGAAAUUGUAUCCUAAAGUUUCGAAAGCCACUGUUCAAUUCAGAAUGUUCUACCGGGGAGAACCGCAAACGACUACGUGAAAAGCGUACUCCGUUUUAGGGAAAAUUGCGGAACGCAGAUUCUCCCUAUUUUCGAACAAGCCCACGUUUCGUUUCCCCCCGUUCCGAAUUAAAAAUUGACAUUGCAGCCAACUAAAAAUAAUAAAAACCAUUCAAUAAUUUUUCAUUCUCUUAUUCAUUCAAAGAUGUAAACCAGCCACCACCUCACCACAGUAGUACCUACCUCUCAAAUUAAUUUAAUAAAACAAAAAAAAAUUUAAAACUAGGAAUAAAACCCAAUUAUAGCUAUUGAUUUCAAAAUAAAGAAAAUCUUAAUGAAAUAAAUUAAAUAAACCAGACAAAAGAAAAGGAAACUCUUUUUAUUAAAACCAAAAAAAGGAAUAAGGAGAAAACAAACAAAAGGUACGGCUACGCCCCAAUAGCCACUUUAAAUAAGAAGAUGCUCUGUCGAUUACGAUAAUAAUAAUUGACAUUAAAGAUUGAACAAAGCCGGUUAUCAGCACUAAAUUGUUGAAACCGGGGCUAAAAUGUUGUCACAUUAAAGUCUAGACUUAGGCUCUAAGGCUUAGCGGUCCAAAGACAUUGUCUAGAUCAAAUUAAAAGCUGCUGGGCUCUC